AUGAACGUCGGCAUCGCCAUGGUCAUCGGCAGGGCCAUGGUUGACGCGCAUCGGCUCGUGGCCUGCCAUAGAAGCCCCGCAGCGCUCGCCGUGAUCUCCAUUGCCUGGCAAGGAUGGAUGCACCGAAACCAGCAGUAUGACAUGGACUGCAUCACCUGGAGCCCUGCGGGGAGGAUCCUUCAGAUAGAGUAUGCCAUGGAGGCGGUGAAGCAGGGGCUGCCGGUCCUGGGGCUGCGCUCGAAGACGCACGUCGUGCUGUGCUCCUUCAAGCGCUCGCAGUCUGAGUUGGCAGAGCCGCAGCAGAAGAUCUUCAAGAUGGAUGACAAUCUGGCAAUCGGCAUCUCGGGCCUGACUGCAGACGCACGCAUGUUGGCUGAGUACAUUCGCCUCGAGUACCUGGACCAUCGGUACAUUUACGAUGCGCCCAUGAUCGUCGGGCGCCUGGUGGCCCAGGUGGCCAGCAAGUCCCAGCAGAAGACGCACGGGGGCGGCCGGCCGUACGGCGUCGGCCUGCUCGUCGCUGGGGUCGACGAGAAGGAGGGGGGCCCACACCUCUUCGAGACCUGCCCGAGCGGGAACUACUUCGAGUACUUCGCGAUGGCCAUCGGUGGCCGCUCCACCUCCGCGAAGACCUACCUCGAGAAGAACUUCGAGUCCUUCCCGGACCGACGCCGACGUUGACACCCUCUGCAAGCACGCCAUGGAGGCCAUGAACAAGACCACCACGACGGACCAGUCCCUCACCACAAAGGAGACAAACGUCGGGCUGUGCGUCAUCGGCGUCGGCGAGCCUUACCGGGAGGUCAAGGACGAGGACCCUGAUCUUCAGAAGUUCAUCGACGGCCUGGAGAAGAAGGACUGGGACACCCCCAUGGAGGACGCCCCAGCGGCUGCCCCAGAGGGAGGCGACGCGCCAGCUCCUAUGGAUACCUCGGCGUGAGCCUGCACGCGGGCCGGCACCCCGAGCGGCGAUCCCAAGCUCCUUCCCCAGCCCUCGUCCCUCUCCCGGCCCCCCCCCCCCCAACGGAUCCCCUCAGGGACCACUCCGUCCUCUUAUCCUCUCCGCUGUUGCCUGCCAGUCUGGCCGCUGCCUCGACGUUAGGGCUAGAGCGCGUUGUCGCCUCCUCGUCCUCGGUGGCGAAUUCCCAGGGAGCGGGAGGGCGAGCUCUGGCCUGCUCACUGUGCCGCGUGCUCUUCUCUUUCUGCCCCUCGGCUUCUCGUUCCCGGAUCUCCGGCGAACUGUUCUUUCCAAU